AUAGUAAUCAUCAUUGAUUUGAAUCAUUGGUGCAUUCACACAAGCUCCCAAACACUCUACUUCAGAGAUUGUCCACAUCAUGUCUUUGCUGGUUUCUCCUACUUCCAAGUUGAGGUUCUUUUUGACUGCUUCUAGGACCUCAUCUGAGCCCCUCAACCAACAAGGGGUAGUUGUACAUACUUGAACAUGAUAUUUACCAGUAGGUUUUCUAAAAACAUAUCCCAUACAUAAUUAUUGACACCUCAACCUCAUAAAAAAUGUGUUUGAGUUCCGUGAAUUUUACCUCAUAUACAUUGUAUAAAAUGUGGCAACUUCAUACACUCUCAUCUUGGGUAAAUUCAAUAUUUCAGCAACUUUGUGCAUAGCAGAAAUGGGCAACCAACCAUAUUGCCUCUGAGCUAAAUCCAACAGUGGGAGCAUAGCUGCCCUUUUAUGGCCUUCAGGGUAAAUUGCAAGAAUAGCUUCUACCCUCUACAAAAGAAAAAGCAAUGUAGCAAAAAAUUGCAGAAGGAAGAUUUCCUUACUUUUUCAUUUUCUGGGGUGAAAUUGAAUGGAAUAUCGGGGUUGUCUUCGGGACUGUCUCGGUGCACAAACAGGCUGUCAUGUUUAAGAACAGCGGAAGUUUGUAGGGCUCUUGAGGAAAUUGAACUCCUCUGGAAAAUUAUAGGUUAUGGAUCUUAUAUAACUCAAUAUCGAAAUAGUUUCGCAUUGAUACAGACCCUAUUGUGAAUAAAAUACUUACCAAGCUGUUUGUGAUCACUCCUAAUGUUUUCAACAUACUUUUAUGUAAUUAAAUAAUAAUUUAAUUUUACCACUUCACUGUUAAUAUCCAGUCAAUAUUCACAGCUGAUUCUUUGUUGACACUUGGACAUUUCGAAAAUAAAAAUAAGAAGACUAUUUGUUAAGAAGAUGUAGGUUAUGUUCUGGCUCUACUUAUAAGUUGGGUUAUGUUUAUGUUUACUACCUGUCAAGAAGAGACAAAAUGUUGAAAAUAAUUUCUAAACUAAGGAUUUCAAAUACUACAUUUCUUCGAAAUUUUGCAUCAUUUAUAGAAGAUGGGGUAACCGAAUCACACUCCUCAAUUUCUAGUACUUCAAAUGGAAUUCGUAUUAUGAAUAAUACAUCAGAAGAAACAUCUCUAACAGAAAGAGUGAAGGCACCCAAAAAAAUAGAACUUUCAGAGGUUUCAAAAUAUUUGAGACCUGGUGCAUUAUCGUCCAUGUACAUCAAUCAUUCAGACACCUUACAGCAACUACUCAAAUUAGGCGUGAAAUUUUAUGAAAUAGAAAAGGACCCCAAUGCAUUCAAAUUUAUUUUAACACUCAAAUUUGAAGAAAUCAUGGGUCACAUACUGUUCCUGAAAGAUAUUGGUAUAGAACCAGAUACCAUAGGUAAAAUAAUUACCAAGAAUCCUUUCUUACUUAGAGAAGAAUUGAAUGAUCUUGAAGUGAGAAUUAAUUAUUUACAAUAUAAGAAGUUCACAAAUGAAAUGGUUGUGAGAAUAAUAGGGAACAAUGCUUACUGGUUAACUCAUAGCACCCAAGAAAUUGAUGAAAGACUGGGAUUUUUCCAGCAUAACUUUGGUCUGAGAGGUAAUCAAGUCAGAGCUCUAGCCACCAAAUGUCCCAAACUAAUAACUUACUCCUUGGAUGUAGUGAAAGAACAUAUUUUCAUGCUCAAAGAAGAAAUGGGAUUGACACCUGUAGAAAUCAGAAAAGUCAUUUUAGAUAAACCAAAAUUGUUGAUGUGUAACAGGGAUAAGAUCCUGAAAACUUUUGAAUACUUUCAUAAUAUAAUGAAGAUACCUCUAGAGAGGAUAAUAAAAGAGCCAUAUAUUUUAACAUUCAGGCAAAGUCGUUUGAUGGAAAGACAUUUGUUCCUAGUUAAAUUGGAUAUGGCACAGUAUGAUCCAAAGAAGCCUAAUUAUGUGGGACUCAGUACACUUGUAUCUGGAACUGAUGCAUAUUUUAGUACAGAAGUUGCAAAGUCUUCUGUUCAUCUGUACAAUAUAUUUUUGAAAAGUUUAUAAAAAUACCUCAAAAUAUAGUUGAAUGUUUAUACUUUUCCCGCAAUGCUUAAUUAGAAGUUCCAUAAGGUUUCGGGAAUUCAAUAAAUGAAUAAAUAAAUAUCAGGCUCUAUCAGCGUACCAACUUUUGGGACAAGGUACAGCAUACUUUGAUUUAACCAGAAGAGAAGAUUUAAGGCAACGACCAUGUGAAGCACGAGCCGAAGAAAGGAGGAAGAAGUUGAAGAGAAGAAGAAUUAAAGGCAACGACCAUGUCGAGUACGAGCCGUACUCAGGGAGGAAGCUAUCUGAAGAAGAGGACAACAACAGAGAAGAAGAACCUGGGUAAAUAACCGAAGAGGUUAUACCCAUAUCAAAGAAGGAAAGAGUACGAGACGAGCCGAAAGAAGAAGCCAGCCUAUUUUAGGUUAUGUUUUAUUCUUUUUUUUUUCGAUUUUCGUUUCAAAAUACAAGGAAUAUGUUUGAUUUUGGAGACACUUUGGCCCUAAUUGUAGGGCUAUUUAUAAGUGCUGUUGUCAUUCUAGCAUGUCUGGGAGCCUAUGCACGGAAAAAGGCAUACUUAGAGGCAAUAUGAUGUGUUGCUGAUCUGAUAUUAACUAGAAUCAACUGAUAAGAUGAUAUCAUGGAACUUUCAAGUAAUUUUCUCUAGGGCAAUGUUAACUUGGGAUUCAAAAGAAUAACCAAUGACUGAUUUUUGUUACAAAAACAUGAUGUGAAAAUAAAUUGUAAUAUAUAUGUACCUAAAUAUCAAUAAUCAUUAUUUUUAUAAUACACUAAAUGCUAUGUUUAAACAAUACAAACAUUACAAAAUAUAUAGAUAAGUAGAAGAAUGCAAAUAUAAUGACAAAUAAUUAAGCAAUCAGCUGUUGAAUCCUUUCAAUGAGAUGGUUAUUGUAUUCCUCAUAAUUAAUAGGGUCCACUUUGAUACAAACAGUCUUUAAACGAGACUCAUC